GAGUCAACCGUGUCUGCAUGGCCACCCGUUGCUCACCCACAAGCUGGAGAGAUAAGCUGCAUGCAUGCCUACAACAAUGGGGGUCUCCAAGAACAAAGCUCAAAUCGAAAAUGGCGCCAACGACACUGGUAUCCCUCGUGCUCCUGUGCCUCAGCAAUGUCCUAAUAACCUGCAGCGGCGGCGGCGCAGGGAUCCGCAUGAAGCUCACCCACGUCGACGCCAAGGGGAGCUACACCGCGGAGGAGCGCGUGCGGCGAGCCGUCGCCGCCAGCCGGCAGCGCCUGGCCUCCAUGCGCGCCAGCGGCGGCGGCGGCGGCGUGAGCGCGCCGGUGCACUGGUCGACCCGGCAGUACAUCGCCGAGUACCUGGUCGGCGACCCGCCGCAGCGCGCGGAGGCGCUCAUCGACACCGGCAGCGACCUCAUCUGGACGCAGUCCACGGCGUGCCUCCGCAAGGUCUGCGCGCGGCAGGACCUGCCCUACUUCAACGCGUCGGCCUCCGGCAGCUUCGCGCCCGUGCCGUGCCGGGACCGCGCCUGCGCCGCCAACUACCGGCACUUCUGCGCCCUCGACGGCGGCUGCACGUUCGUGGCCACCUACGGCGCCGGCGCCGUCAUCGGGUUCCUCGGCACCGACAACUUCGCCUUCCAGUCCGGCGGGGCGGCGCUCGCCUUCGGGUGCGUGAGCUUCACGCGCGUCGUGCCGGGGGCGCUCCACGGCGCGUCGGGGCUCAUCGGCCUCGGCCGCGGCCGCCUCUCGCUCGUCUCCCAGACGGGCGCCACCAGGUUCUCCUACUGCCUCACGCCCUACUUCCACAACAACGGCGCGUCGAGCCACCUGUUCGUCGGCGCCGCGGCGAGCCUGGGCGGCGGCGGCGGCGCCGUGACGUCCAUGCCGUUCGUGGAGAGCCCCAAGGACUACCCGUACAGCACGUUCUACUACCUCCCUCUGGAGGGGAUCACCGUCGGCGGCACCAAGCUGCCCAUCCCGAGCUCGGCGUUCGACCUCCGGCAGGUCGAUAAGGGGUACUGGGAGGGCGGCGUCAUCAUCGACUCCGGCAGCCCCUUCACGUCGCUCGCCAAGGCGGCGUACGUACCGCUGCGCGACGAGCUGGCGGGCCAGCUGAACGGCAGCCUCGUGGGGCCGCCGGCGGACAGCGACCUGGAGCUGUGCGUGGCGCGGGGCGACGUCGACAGGGUGGUGCCGACGCUGGUGCUCCACUUCGGCGGCGGCGCGGACAUGGCCCUGCCGCCGGGGAACUACUGGGCGCCGGUGGACAAGACCACGGCGUGCAUGGUGAUCCUCGAAGCGUACGAGCUGAGCAUCAUCGGCAACUUCCAGCAGCAGAACAUGCACCUCCUCUUCGACGUCGGCGAGGGCCGGUUCUCCUUCCAGACCGCCGACUGCAGCACGCUCUAAUGAUGAUCAACAUCAAGUGACGAUGAUAUUUCUACAUAUAUAAACAUGACGAUGAUAUUUCUACAUAUAUAAACACGACGUCGUCUAAUGUAAAUAAGAUCAAGCGAUCACUAUCUUUACUCCUCGAAAAUUGGUUUACCUUACAACAAUAGGGAGAUGAACAGUCUGUAUGCUAAAAAUAUUCCAGGGGCAUGGGGCAUGAUGGUAUUUACACAACUGUGGUAAGAAUAUUACAGUGGGUUACUUUAGAGCA